GAACUAUUUCUAGAGAAAUUUCCCGGGAACUAUUUCUAGAGAAAUUCUUGAAGGAAUUUAUGAAGGAAUCGUCGGAGAAAUUUCUGUAGGAAUCUCUAGAAGAAUCGUAAGAGAAAUCCCUGGAGAAAUUUCUGAAGAAAUUCCUAGAGGAGUUCCCAGAGGAAUUCCUGGUGGAAAUCCUGGAAGAAAUCCCGGAGGAAACCCCUGGAGAAAAACCUCGAGGAAUUCCCGAAAGAAUUUCAUAAGGAAUCCAUGAAGGAUUUUCUGGAGAAAUUCCUGGAAUUGCUGUAAAUAUUCUUGGUGAAAUUGCCGGAGGAGUCCCUAGAGAAAUGCCUGGAGGAAUACCUGGAAUAAUUCCUGGAUAAACUCUGGGAGGAGUUUCUGGGGGCAUUUCUGAAGGAAGCCCUGGAGAAUUUCCUGGAGGAUUCCUGAAGAAAUCCUUGAAGGCAUUCCUAGAAGAAUUUCAGAAAGAAUUCAUGCAGGAAUCGCUGGAGAAAUUCUUGGAAUAAUUUCUGAAUAAACUCCGGGAGGGAUGCUUGGGGAAAUUUCCGAAGGAAUUCCUAGAGGAUUUUUUGGGGAAAUUUCUGGAGAAAUAUUGUAUUGGUAUUGUGGAGGUAUUCCUAAAGGAACUCCUGGAGGAAUGCUAAGAGCAAUCCCAAGAGGAAUUCCUGAAGGAAUACCUUGAGGAACCCCUGAAUAAAUUCCUGAUGGAGACAUGCCAGUAGGAAUUCGUUCUCUAGUAGCAACGUACGUCACACUAACAUUCCUUCCCCUCCUCGAUAACCGUGAGGACGUGGCCGGUGCCGUUAUUGACUUAAUAAAGUUUGGAAUUCUCCAAAAAGCACAUUGAGAGCGGUAGCUACUCCCAAGCUCCGUUUGUUGGUUCCUUGUGCAAUUUCGAUUGUUCUGGUCAAUCACGGAGUAGCAACUACGAAUUGUACGGUCAUCUAUGCUCAUGCUCAAAUCCUAGGAUGAAGUACUGAAGAAAUCGCUGAUAUUUCAGAGGAAAUCCUGAAGCAAUCUUAAAAAGAGUACGCAGAGGAACUUUUGGAGCAAUCUCUGCAGCAGUAACUGAAGAAACCCCAGGAGGAAGCUUGAAAGCAAUUCCUAAUGGAAUCUCUGAGCAGUUCCUGGUGAAAGUCUUAGAUUAAUUCCUGGAGGAGUUUCUGGAAGAAUCCCAAGAAGAGUUCUCGGAGGCAUUUUCAAAAUAAUCCUGGAAGUUGUUUCUGAAAGAAUCACAGAAGGAAUACCAAGGCGAAUCUCUUGAGGAAUCUUGGAGAAAUUUGUGAAGAAACCCUAUGAUGAAUCCCGGAAACAAUCUCAUGAGGCAUUGCUUAGGGAAUCUUACGAGAGCUUGCUUUGCGAAUUCCUGGAAGAAUUUCUUGAUAAAAAUUUGAAGAAAUCCAUGUCUGCAGUAAUUUCUGGACGAAUUAUUGAAGGAAUACCGUAAACUGGGGUGUAGUUGAUCAGUGGGGUGAACCUGAUCACUCAAUUACCCACGGAUAUCGCUUUCCAAGGAAGUUACCAUUCCAUUUUAAUGUUACGUCAUUGGCAUGCGAAUGGUUAAAAUAUAAUUGUUGCUUCCUUGAAAGGAAACCUCGAAAACAGCACUUGAACAAUCACUGAAGGAACCUUUAAAGAUAUCCCAGAACAAAUCUCCCAAAAAAUGUCUGGUGGAAUCCCAAGAUGAAUUUUUAAAAAAGUCUCUGGAGGAAUUCAUAACGGAAUCACUGCAGCAAGCUACGGAAAAAAUCCUGGAGGAAUUGUUCAUACUUAUAUAGUUUACGAAACUAGAAACAAAUCUAAAACAGUCAUUUUGAUUCCUCAAAAUUGCAAUGCCUGCAAUUCACAUAUCGGGCCGGACCGAUAUGGCAACGACGACGGUGCCAAAAGCCACCACAGGUUGGAGAACGUCCAAACAACCCUUCCAUUCACAUGUGGCUUGCGAACCACAAGUCGAAAAAGAGCGGGUUCCCAAGAAGAGAGUGAGUUACCACCAGCCAGAGCGCAGAGCUGUGGGAAAAGCUCCCGCGUGCCGUCAUAACUUCAACCAACCGAUCCACUUGACUGCCCAUACCUUUCGGUCGGACUGCGACCGCGAUCGAACCCAACCGAACUCACCAUUUCGACCUGUACCACGGUGCGGGUUAGUUCCUCUAUCGCGAUCGACGGCAGUGUCAGACAACUCUUGUGUGCUCGCGCAACGCCAACAAAACUCUGGCUGGAAUCCGAAAGAGUGUGUGAUCCAUCGAAGGCGCGAGACGCGAGUCGAGAUCGAGAGUCCGGCUGCUGGAAGGGAGUCGCGAGUUUGAGAGAGAGCUUGAUGAUUUGAACCCCAAUCUAGGCGGCGGCGGUCGCUAAUCCACCACAAACCGAACGUGCGCGGCAGCGUAAAGCACGAUCAGUGUUGUUUUGGUGGUUGUUGAGAUCGAAAGCUCUACCGUCCGGUCCGAGUGAAAAGUGAAAGAUUGGCGCGCAGUGAUCGAUCGGUGAUCUAUUAUCAUUUCAGCGCGUUCGAGGCGAAGUGAGGGAGUGCUCGCGAUCGCGCGCGAAAGGGAUUCUGUGUGAAGGCGGAAGAAUUAUCGUUGCAAGCGGGAAAUUCCUGGAAGAGAUCGUGAUCGACGGGCCACACGGAGGGGACCCCCAAAGUCGAUCGAGUUGAAGUGAUCGGCGCGGGGCGAGAUCGCGAGGAGUGCGCACAUAGUGAUUAAGAAAUACCAGAAAGUGCGUACAGUCUCGGUGGUGCAUUUUUGCAUAGUCCUGUGCCGGUGUGCUUGAUGUUGUGCAAGAGGAAGAUACUCAUCGGAAAGGAAGAGAAAAAAAAUAGUGGUUGUUGGUGCGAAAAACCGGAUUCCUGAAAGUCGGUGCCACCGCUGGGCAGAAGUUGAAAAGUUCAACAACUUUCGAGAAAGUUACAUCCAAUGACAUCGCUGUGAAGGAUCCCUGUAUAAUCAACGUCGCUCGCGUACGGCGUGUGUGUGGAAAAGAGUUGAUAAGUGGUUUUCAAUGUUGGAAAAUUUGGAGAUACCGGAGGCGAAUUCUUCGGUUGGAAAAGUGUCCGAGUAGAAAAUUGCGGAGCAGUGAAGACAGUUUCGAUGGUUUGGUGAUUGUUUAGGUAUACAGCAGUACUGAAGGCGACGAAUGGUGAAAUAUGGCAAACACAAACCGGUCGAGCGGAUUAUUAGUGCGCCAAUUGUGUAAACAACAGUCGUGAUGUGAUCAGUUUAAACAGUGAAAAAAAAAAACAGUGCGCAGGAUCACGUGUACCGUAUAGAAGAUUCACGUCCAUAUUCUCGCGUGGAACGAAAAUACAACAAACCGAUUAUUGAUGAGUAAUCUUCCCCAGAAGGGACAGAACUUGCUCGACGGCGUCGACAGCGGUCUAAUAUGGUGACGACAAUCAAGAUCACCUGCGACGGAGUGUUUAUCCAGUCCAAUUCGUACCUGGCGAACGGCGGACAUCACCACAGCCGGCAGCAGUCGGCAUCGUCCGAACCGGGUGGUCACUCGUCCGGUAGCAAUAGUAGCUCGUUGUCCAGGGUUUUCGGGGGACCGGGAAGUGAUCACGGUAGUACUUCUAGUGGGGGUGGUGGUGGCAGUAGUGGCGGGGAGCACGAAGAUCAUCCAAUGAAUCGAGGAUUCGCCAACGCCGGAAAAGAUCGCGUCGAUCGGGACGGAAACAAUAAUCGCGGGUUGGAUCCUAGGACGGUUCUCAGUGAUAAUAACAAUAACUUUCAGAAGAUCGCGCGAAGACGAUAUCAAUCGGAAGAAGUGCUCUCUCGGGUGCAAAAGUUUAGUGGUAGUUCGGAUGGAUCCGAUACGGUGGAUGCUACCGGCUCCGUGUAUUACAACAGUAGUGCCGAAUCGGAUGACCAGUUUACGAUCUCGUUUUUGAACACUCGUGGCCAGAACGGAAAAAGUCUACUAAACCAAAAGUUCAUAGUGUACAAUAGUAAGAAACCAAAACCGUCCAGUAUCCUAACGCAAAGUGGUUACCACCAUCCCAGCCAGUACCGUCAAUUCCUGAACGGACGGCUCAAGCCCGCCUUUUCGACGUCGGUCCUAACCUCCCCGUCAUUAGUGGCCGGGAGUAGCCCGGAUCGUCCGUCCACCGCUACGCCACCGCCCGGCCUUACGAUCGCCAAAUCGACUUCGUACCUGCAGCGAACGGUGUCGCCGGCUCCAUCCUCAUCGGUGCUAUCGCUGUCGCCAUCCAGUGGAUUCGCUUCGGCGUCACCGACGCCCUCGCCGGGAUCGCUACCCACGACAGUGACAGCAUCGGCCACCUCCAGCUCAUCAUCCAAUCUUGAUGUCGAUGUGAGGAGCGAGACGCGAAUUGAUCGCAGAGGCAUCGGAAGCCCGCCGUACCAGCAACAGCAGGAUCCGUACCAGCACCACCUGUACCAAAACACCCUAUCGCGUCGGAAUUCCACCGGAAGCAGUGCGCUGAACGGCGGAAUGAACAGUCAUACGGCGGCCAUCAAUCUGCAGUCGUCCGGUCAAACAGCAGUCGUUAGCCAUCAUCGAGGUUUCUCGUCAACCGUCGUUGCCGCAGCCAAUUCGGCCGCCUCGGGAGACUGUCCAUGGUUCAUGCCGCAUCAGAUGCCACCGACGGCACCGGCGCGGCAGCACAAGCGACCCGCGCCCCAACCCGGCGUAGGUGUCCCCGGUGGUGGCGGCGGCGGUGGCAUGGGACACGUGGGGAUGCAACCACCACAAUUCAUUAAUCCACCGCCGGCGCCACAGCAGCAGAACCAACAACCGCCGCAGCAUUCGCCCCAGCAGCAUCAACAGAUGGCACCACCGCAAUUACCUCCUCACAGUGUUACUAGUAAUCAAAAUCUUAAUUCCAUCCACCUGCCACCGGCUCAACAGCAGCAGCAACAUCACCAACAAGCACCCCCUACAAUGCAUUCCGGAAGCAUGGUUCCUCCGGUGCACCACAUACCAAAAUCGCCCAACCAACACGGCAUACUAGGCCCGUCGGGUCUUCAGCAAGCGGCACAACAUCACCAGCCAACGACCCAGCACGGUGCCCUGGGCAGUCAUCAGUCGAAUCUCAUGUCCACCUCGAUGAACAGUGCCCAGCUUGCGAAUCACAUCCUUACCAGUCAGCAGCAGCAACAGCAGUCCGCGUCAGCGGUGCAGCCGGGGUCGGGCAUGGCCAUUCCUCCGCAUCCCAGUCAGCAGCAACAGCAGCAGCCACAACCUUCCGCCGCAGCACACGGGAUGUCCACUUCGAUGCAUAGUCAAAUCGGAUUGCCUCCGCCGCCGUCCGCUAUCGGUGCAGCAGCAUUCGAUAGUAACGGAGUGAGUUGGGCCGCUUCCGGUGGUGUGCCUACGGCGUCCCUUUCGCCGACUGCUGCCGCGGCAGCCCAGAGGAGGGCUGAAGUCAAUGCCAAACUGAAUGCGAUGCCAUGGUUCCACGGACGGAUAAAACGGGAGGAAGCGGAGAACCUGCUAAAGCCCCGCGAGGACGGUCUGUUCCUGGUGCGAGAAUCGACCAACUUCCCCGGCGAUUACACCCUGUGCGUGUGUUUCAACGAAAAGGUCGAACACUACCGGAUUAAGUACGCCGAGAACAAGCUGACGAUCGAUGACGACGAAUACUUUGACAAUCUCGGCCAACUGGUGGAGCACUACACUUUGGACUCGGACGGACUGUGCACCAAGCUGAUGAAGGCCCUACCCAAGGAGGAGUUUUGCGUCAAGGACUUCCAGGACAAUGGAUGGGAGAUCAAGAUGGAAGACCUGCAGCUGAAGGAGAACAUCGGCAAGGGCGAGUUCGGUGACGUGAUGCUUGGCAUUCUGAAGGGCGAGAAAGUGGCCGUAAAAGUGCUGAAGGAUGCCGGACGGGCAUCGAAUAAGUUCCUUGCCGAGGCUGGUGUGAUGACGACCCUCGAACACGAAAACCUCGUCAAAUUUAUAGGACUGGUAUUUCACGACAAGUACAUCUAUCUGGUGACGGAAUACAUGAGCAAAGGUUCUCUGGUGGAUUACCUCCGGUCGCGGGGCAGGCAGCACAUUACCCGACGAGAUCAAAUCAAUUUCGCCUUUGACACCUGUUCCGGGAUGGAGUACCUGGAAAUGAAGAAGGUCAUCCACCGGGAUUUGGCCGCCCGGAAUGUGCUCAUUUCGGAGGAGUGCGUCGCGAAGGUUUCCGACUUUGGACUGGCGCGGGACGAACGGUACACGGCUGACAUCAGCAAGCUACCGAUCAAGUGGACCGCUCCGGAGGCGCUGAAAGAGGGGAAAUUUUCCAACAAAACCGACAUGUGGAGUUUUGGAAUCCUACUGUGGGAAAUCUACUCGUUCGGUCGAGUACCCUAUCCCAGAAUCCCUCUAGCGGAUGUGGUCAAGCACGUCGGCAGCGGCUACAAGAUGGAAGCCCCCGAGGGCUGUCCGCCGGAAAUCUACGAGAUGAUGCGCCAGGCGUGGGACCUCGUGCCGGAGAAGCGACCCACCUUUGCGGAGCUGAAACGACGGCUAGCCAUCUGCAAGCGGGAAACGGCCAACACUUACGUCACGUAGACAGCAGGGUCGUAGACGCCGUUGUUUCGGGAUGUCAUCCUACAAGCCGUUUCUCCAUCCAAACCCACGCUGCGAGAAGUAGUAAGUAGUAGGUAGUAUUGCUAUACCAUAGUGGACGACACAGGAAGAACAACAACAACAACAAAUGCCAUUUAAAAGUAGGUAUUCCUUUUCCGGUAGGUUCUGAUAAUACCUAUAGAUCGAUAGUAGUGAAGUCGGAGGAAUCGGUGCGUUCAGUUUAAGCAGGAAACGGUUCGAGGGGGAGUUGUACAGAGAUUGCGUGUACGCUAUUUCCUGAGUUGAUCGUUCACCCAGCGUGUUUUUGGUGCAGUCACCGUUUUCGUUCUAUGAUUUGUUAUUCCCCUACUUACUUGCUAGGAAACUAACUAAAGUGCACAAUGUAUAUAAUAGUAAACAGCAAAAGUCGUCUACUAAUCAGUCGAUAGACACGGUUCGAAGCAAUGACGAGGGAGAGACUAGCGGUUAAGGCUCAAGCAUCCGUCAUCAUUUUUCGGAAAAUAAAAAGCAGUUUUCUCGCCGCAAAUCAAAUCUAGGAUCAUGAAAAUAUAUUCACUGCACUAUAUUCCUCAUGUGGAGUACAGUGAUUAUAUUUUCAUAGCAAAAACUUUUGUUUUGAACGAAAAAACUGCUUUCAAAUGUUUGAUGAUGACGAUGAUUUCAAUGACGAAAAGUUCAACGUUAAGCAUUAACUUAUUAGCGCUGAAUCGGAAUUAAGAGAGCAAGUGUUCCACUAGUGGCGCAUGCGCAUAGUUUGCGUUUCCUUAAAAAUGUGGAUGAACGAUUUCCUUGUUUUCUUUUAGAAUUUGUAUAUUUGUAAGCCACACAGCCAAGUGCAGCCAGUCCACUAAACAAUAUUGUAUCAUAUACGUUUUACUGUGAAGUCCGUAAUAGAAUCGCAUUUUGAUUCAAAAAAGUUUGGUUUUCCUAAUUUGUUUCGGGUAUUUUAGCUGGGUACCAACCUAUAUUUAUUUCACACAAACAGGGGGAAUAUGUCGGCACAAAUGUGACCAGUUCGAGACAAUCAUUUUGCUCGAAGAAACUUUAGCAUGCACACAGGAUUCACAUGUAGCAAAUAGGUUCAUCUUACGUAUGGUUUUUGAGCAAAUUCUAAUCAAGAUUUCAUUUUUAAUUUUGUAUUGAAUUAUUUCUCUAAUUUCUAUCAACUAAUAUCGGUGUUAGGGUUUAUUUAUCAUUCUCAUUGAGGAAAAAUUCCAUUUGAUAUUUAUCAUUGCCAGUAUAGAGUACAAAAACAGAAAAGUUACGUGUGAUACGGACACCACAUUCUCUGAAAGAAUGAUAAAAUCUUCAACAUAUAUUCACAGACUGCUCAAAAAGCUUCUCUCAAGAUGCAUGCAUUCUUCGAAACGUCUUUUUCAGAAUUUAUUCAAAGAUUCUUUUAAGAAUUAUGUCAAACAAGGAUGAUAACUCUGCUUGUUGAGAAUAUGAGGUACUAGCGCUGAGCAAACCAUCGCACGAAAUUCUAUUCAGGAUUUUGUUCUACUACCUACAAUUCCUAGUUUAUGCAGUUUCAUAGAAUUCUUCCUGGAGUUCUUCCUUGAAUUCAUGUAGGUUUGUCGGAGUUUGUUUCUACAUUUCUCCAGGAGUUUCUCCCAUGUUUCCAUCCAAGGGUUUUCCCGGAUUUUAUUUCCGCAGCGUUCCUCCCCGGAAUUUUCCGAUGUUCUUUCCGUUCGGAACUUCUAAGGCAUUGUUUCAGGGUAUUCUACCAGAUUUCUUUCUGGGCUUUCUGCAGGACCACUUCCCAGAAUUUCUUCCAGAGAUGUUAACAAAAUUCUCCAAAAGUUCCUUCGGUGAUUUCUCUCAUUAGUGUACAGGGAAAGCUUUCCAACAGUUUCUUCCGCGAUUUUUGCGAGAUUUCAGCAUACGUUGAAAUAUCAACAAUAACUCUUGUUGAAAUCCCAAAAGCAACUCUAAAUAAAACCUAGGAAGAAAUCUUGGGAGAAAGUCCUGAAAAACUCUGAGAGACAUCCCGGCAGAAACAUCGGAAAUAAUCUUCUAGACCUUCAAGAGAAAUCCCGCGAGAACCUUUAACCCUUUCCUUCCCACGAAUUUGAACGACAAUUUCUAUGCCAAGAAAGCGUUUCCGAAAAAAGUGCUUGAACAAAAGUAAUUGCAAAUUGGCCAAAUUUUUCGAAAUCAACGAAAAAAAAAUUUAGUUGUAAAUCAAUAGUAUUUUGAUUGUUUAUCAAUAGUUCCACUAUUGAAACAAGUAGUUGGGAGUUGGGUUUACCUAAUGAGAUUACAAUCAUAUUCUAAAAACUAUUGCAUCAUAUUCAUCUAAUUCCGUGUGUCUCGAGUUCGUCGAAAAUCGAUGGUGCUGUAGAGCAACCAUGGGAAGUAGAGGGUUAAGGAAUAUGCCGGGAGGAACUCUAUACGAAAACUCACGAUAAUUUCAUGAAGAAAUUCCAGGAGUAGCUCCGGGAGAAAUCUCGGGGGGGGGGGGGGGGGGGGGCAUCUGAUGGGAGUAUUCCCGGGAAAACAGAGUUCUUCUAGAACUGUCCAGGCUUGUCUUGCAGUUUCUCACUGGAUUUCUCCCAUAGUUCUUUCGGAAAUUAUAUUGUCACCCAAGAUUAUCUCCCCUACGGUUUUUUUUUCUUAGAAGUCCCAGUUUUUAUCGGAAUUUCUUCCGAACCGAAAGGAACCAUAAUUUCUCCAUUAGUUCUUUUCGGAGUUCCUUGUGAGAUUCCACCUGUAAUUUAUCCAAUAUUUCUUCGGUAAGUUCUUACAAGGAAUCUUAGGAGAUAUUCCGAGAUAAAAUUCCAGAUGAUCCGGGCAAGAACUCCUAGAGUAUCUAUUGAAGAAAUUCCAAAAGGAACAACAAAAACAUCCCAAUUUUCAGUUGGGAUUCUAAGAAGAACUUUGGAAGUAAUCUUACGGACAUCUAAUAAGAGAAAUCUCAGGAAGAUCGUAGCAAGCAAUCAUAGAAACAAGUACGAGGAAAAGCCUGGAAAAAAUACUGAGAAAAAAUGCGAUAAGAACUCCAUAAGAACUAUCAACAUUAACUCCAGCGGAAAUCCCAAAAUGAACUCUGAAUACAACCUAGGAAGAAAUCUUGGGAGAAAGGCCAGGACAAGUCCUGAAAAACUCCGAGAUAUAUCCUGGGAGAAACACCGGAAGGAAUCUUCUAAGAUAAGAACCGGGUGAAGCUCCUAUAGAGAAAUCUCAAGUGGAACUUCAAGAGAUAUUCCGCGCGAACCUUCAAGAAGUAUUCCGGGGGUACUCUAUACGAUAACUCACGAUAAUUUCUUGAAAACAUUCCAGGAGUAACUCCGGGAGAAAUCCCGUGGGGAGCUCUGGGAGUAAUACCGGGAAAACAGGGUUCUUUUAGAAUAGACCGCGUUUGUUUUGCAGUUUCUCACUGGAUUUCUCCCGUAGUUCUUCCGGAAGGUUUCCUAAAUUUCGAAAGUGAUUUCUCCACUUAUCGGAGUUCUUCGCGAGAUUUCAUCUGGAUUUCUUCCAAUAUUUCUCCGGGAAGUUCUUACAAGGAAUCUAAGGAGGUAUCCCGAAGUAAUUUCUGGACAAUCUAAGCAAGAACUUCCGGAGUAUCUAAUUAGAGAAAUUCCAAAAGGAUCAAUCAAAGAAAUCCCAAUUUUCGGUAGAGAUUCUUAGAAGAAUUCUGGAAGUAAUCCUGGAAAAAUCUCUUAAGAGCAAUCUCAGGAGAAUCACAGCAAGCAAUUUCGGAAACAACUACGAAGAAAAGCCUAAAAAACACUUGGAGAAAUCGCGGGAAGAACUUCAUGAGUAAUGUUAGCAAUAACUUCUGUGGAAAUCCCAAAAAGAACUCUGAAUCAAUCCUGGGAAAAAAUCUUGGGAGAAAGUUCGUGUUAAAAAAAAGUUCUGAAAAACUCUGAAAGUCCAGAAUCUUUCCAGAAUCGGGUCGGUCUGGUAACGACAAGGCUGCUGUCAAGAUUCGAUUUCAAGAUUCCUGACGAUGACAUAAUCUUCUUCUUCUUCUUUAUGGCUCUAUGUCCCUACUGGGACUUGGCCUGCCUCGCUUCAACUUAGUGUUCUUUGAGCACAUUCACAGUUAUUAAUUGAAGGGCAUUCAUUGCCUGCCAUUGCAUGAAUUUGUAUAUUGUGAGGCAAGUACAAUGAUAUACUAUGCCCUGGCAGUCGAGAAAAUUUUUCGACCGGAACGGGAAUCGAAGGAGUUCAUUUAUAGAUUGAAGAUUGAAAAGACAUAUUGGAUUGAAUAAAAGAACAAUCCUUCUACGCUGGCAAUGAUAAUAUUCUUGAGCAUUGAAUCAUGUUUUGGCCUACUUUGCAUGGAAUUUAGUAGCAAUUUGAUUAAGGACAAGGUAUUUGGAGUACAUAGCUCAAAAUUUCUAGAGCACCGUUUUUUAGAACCGUUGAACGGAUUUGGAUGAAAAUGCAUCACGCUAAUUGUUCAGUGGUUGUCAACAGCGUGAUGCAUUUUAAUCCAAAUCCGUUCAACGGUUCUAAAAAACGGUGCUCUAGAAAUUUUGAGCAAUGUACUCCAAAUACCUUGUCCUUAAGCGAGGUGAAACAACCAGAACAGCAUGAUUGGAUUGCUGCCAUUUAAUACACCUUUAUUGUUUUAUGUCACCCUAGGCUCUGACCCGUUCGCAUAUUGUCAUUUGCCAUAACAAUAAUCACACUUAUUUUGAAAAUUGGUCCAAUGACUUCUUACUCGUUAAUCAGCCUAAUUUUGUUCACUAUUAAUCACCGUGUUGAUUGAGUGAAUGAUUCUGUGUCAUUUUUGCCGAUUCAUAAUUAUUGGGGUCACAGUAGUUGUUAGUGUUAUGCCAAAUGGCAUUAUGUCAAACAGUGCAGAGUUAGCACACACAUUUGUUCAAUUUUAUCCUACACGAUUGUUAUAAGUAUUUCAUCUUCUAAUUUAUUCUACCACCUAAAACACUAAAAUUUAACUUGGAAAUCGGCAUCAAUAAAACGUUUGGAUAAAAAAAGGGAAGAAACAAAAAAUCAAAUGAAUGAAGAAGGAAAAAAACAUACAAUAAUUAACGAUAUGAUAUUCAUAUUUGUAAUUUAUUACCUUACACAUUUAAUACCUACACAAACACUUGAAUUGCGUGACCAGAAAAGGAAAAUCAAAGAAAACCGAGAGAAAAACACUUCUUGAGUCGAGGGUGAAACGACGAGCAGCUAAUAAUGUAGAUUGAGUCGGGUCGGGUGUAGACAAAAAAUCGCGGAAAUUAUAGUUUGUAUGCAACCCAAACGGAAAGGAAUAAGACGAACCCUAUUCGGACAGUCAUUUUUAGAUAUAUGUAUCGGUAAUAAUACACUAUGUUACAAUAAACGUUUUUGGAAAACAAAAGAAAAAAAAAAUGGGCACGAAAAUACGUAGCGCAAGUAAUCCGCAUGUUCUUGUGAAUUGAAUUCAAUUUAGAAUGAUUACAACACUAAAACUGCAACUAAUUGUACUGGUUUGUUGAGUGUGCAUCUCUGUGUGUUUGUGUUUGUUCUUUAUGACAAUGUGAUUUGAGUCAAUGUGUACAGUUGAGCAAUACGUGAGUGUGUUUGUGAUCCUUUCGUUUCAAUUAGAUUGAGUGCACUGUUUUAUAGAGAAAUUUUAAUAUGUUUUAAACAGUGGGAGUGAAAAAAAGAAGGUUACUUGUUAUACGAUGUAAAGGAACGUAGAUUCUCCUAUUUCGAUAAUAUUCCAACUGUGAAUUACCAGAACUAGGUGGAAGAGAAAACGAAGAAUUUCGAAACAUUUGAUUUUUAUCGAUUUCUCUGUUUGGUUAAAUUCCCUCCAUGAUUGUUGUUUUCUUUUAUUUGUUUAAAGAUUUUUAUUGUUUUAUUAAUAUAUUUAAUUCUCGAACUACUACUGAUACAGGAGGAGCUAAGGAAAGUGUAAAAGCGUUACAAAUGUGUAUAUAAACGAGAAAAAAAUAAAAUACAAGAUUGCUAACAUUUUAUUCCAAAAAUAACGCAAAAGAACAUAAAUCUGUAUGAAAGUACUUAACUUUGGCUCGUCCCAGCAAAAUUAACAUAAACGCAAAAAUAUAUUACCAAAUUGCAGAACAACUGAAUCGAUAAGAAAAGUAAGUUGUACAGCUAUCACAGCCUUUCUCGCUUGUUACCAUUCCAGUAAACUGUUUCCUUCACUAAAAAAACAUUAUAACUCAUUCUACACUUGUUGAAUUAAUUGAAAGAGCAGAGCUUAUUCAAAAAGCUAGCCAUUUUCUCACGCAUCCAGUGACGCCAAAAAAUCAGAUAAAAAUAUCGUUAUUUUCUAUAGCUAUAGAGCACCCUUUUGUUUUAGAUGCCGCAACCACUAUCAUUCCGGUGCAGCUAUCGGAAACAGAAAAUAUCAUUAGAAGGAGAAAGUGAUAGGCCAAACCCAAUUCCUACUUAGAAGAAAGAUAAUAGUUUGUUUUUAACACUCAACAACCCAUAGGAAAAAAAUCAUCAUUGGAAUGGAAUAGUUGAAGGUCAAAACUCGAAAGGGAAUAUCAGCUAUGAAGCAAAGACAGUUCAAAGCAAAACAGAAAACAUAUAGCGAGGAAAAAAAUCAGCCAAUUAUAGAGCAAAAUAGCUAUUCUGAAAAAUUAAAUAGAAUCAAAGUUUCGUGCAAAACAUUAAAAAAAAAUAAUCAAUAACUGCGAGCUCAAAAAAAGGUAACACAAAGCAAACAAACUGACAAACCCUGUGAAGAAUAAGAAUGAAACAAAAAAAACAGAAAGAAAGAAAAUGGCAUUCAAAUAAAGACGAGAAUAUUUCCUUUAUUUUUAAGCAAUGCUAAACGCAAACUAGUAAACAGAGAGGAAACAAAUUGCCCAAAAAUAAGCAAAAGAAAGGAAAUUAAAAUAAAAGCAUCAGUAAUAGGAAACCAAUAUAGGUACACACACACAAAUAUAACAAAGAAAAGUGUGCGGUGAGGAAGAACCUAAUACACUCGGUGUUAUGAAAGUUACGAGAAA